AGUAUUAAUAUUAACGAAAUACAAUUUGUACUGCAAUUUAAAAUCAAAAAUAAGUUCUAAUCAUUAAUACUGAAAAGUAAAUUUCGAUUGAAUAAUGAAUAGCAAAGUGUUUCCAAUGAGUGCGAGAAUUGAAUCACAAUUAGAUUUAAUUGUCGAUAAACUCAAUCAUUUUAAAACUGACCGAAGAGGUGAUCAACUGAGAGAUGAGCUACAAAUCAAUGAAAGUGUUUACGCAGAAGAUAUUACCACGACUUCUGGAACUGAUGCCUAACGCCAGCGCUAUAAUAGUGUUACAAAACAUAUUAUUCAGUGAAGUGGUGGGAAAUAAGUCAAAACUGGUUGAAUCAGCUCUAAUGGCAGAAUUGAUUCCCAAAUUAUCGGCUAUUUAUAAGGAAAGCGAUGAUUUAAAGACACGACAACUAAUGCUUAACAUUUAUUAUACGGAUGUUGAUAAUGUCCUCAUUCAAGACUCACUUCAGUUGAUUCAAUGUCUGGUCUAUAGUUCACCACACUUUGAGACCACAAUCCAAGUAUUUCCUCUCUUACGGCAAUUAAUACAAGACAAACAGACAGACCCUGAAGUGAUCAGCGAGUCUUUGUGGACAGUCUUCGUAUGCAACGAACGAUUCUCAAAAUGGCGACAAUUGAUGGUCACAUCUAAAGUCUUAAAACAUAUAAUUCAACACUGGAUUGACUUCAAAAACAGCGACGCUAUAGUAAAGCCAGCGUUUGGUAUAAUCGCUGGUCUUAUGGCCCGACACCCAAACUACAAGAAGCAUCUGUUGGCCGCUAACAAUGAGCUUCUUAGCGGUCUCUCGAUUCUGGCCAAUCAUAACGAUCUGAACAAGUUUUACGCCAUGUCUGUCAUUCAGUUGGCGUCUAUGAGAGCCAUUGAAAACAGAUUCCAAGACGUCGUUCAACACAUCCAGCAAUUAAUUGAUGGCAAAGCCAUUGAAAUGUGUGUUCAAUCGCUUCAAACCGAAAGCUCAAUGAAAGUAAAGAAAAGUGCAUUGAAUGCCAUUAUUGUUGCCAUAUAUAAAGCCAGUGACGAUCAACGGGAUUCAAUUGGCCGGGCCAUCAACAUGGUCCAUUGCAAACACGGACUAAAGCUAUGCCGGGACUGUUUAAUUGGUGCCUUCAUAGCCCUCUAUAACAAAGAUACAGAUAAUGGUCAGACAUGUGGUGAAAGCCGAGUCGGAAGGGAACCAAUGAUAUUGCGGGAUAAUAAAUAUCCCACCUAUGUGAAUAUUAAAUUAAACCAACAUGAUCUUUAG